ACGUUGCUAUUGUAUAAGUUGUUACUGCUCAUAUUAGCUUUGUUUUAAAAAUAAUUAAGAUGACAAUCGAUCCGGCUAAGUCGAUUCCUGCAUUUUACGCUGGACAAAGUAUAUUGUUGACAGGCGCGACAGGAUUUCUGGGUAAAGUGUUUAUCGAAAAAGUAUUGCGAUCUUGUCCAGAUGUUCGUGAAAUAUUCUUGCUGAUACGUCCAAAAAAGGGAUUUACUAUCAAGGAAAGGCUCAAAGAAAUAUUAAACUUAGCGUUAUAUGAAAGACUGCGCGAAGAACAAAUUUCUAUUUUCGAGAAGUUAAUUCCGAUUUCUGGCAAUGUUAGUGAGAAAGAAUUAGGUUUGUCGGAUGCGGACAGACAAAUGUUGAUUGAAAGAGUGACAAUAAUAAUACAUGGAGCGGCAAGUGUGAGAUUCAAUGACAGUUUAAAACAUGCUAUACUUUCCAACACUAGAGCAACAAGAGACAUUUGUAUUUUAGCUCAAUGUAUGAAGAAUUUAAAAGCAUUAGUGUAUGUUAGUACAGCAUUCGCACACGUGAAUAAUGCAUUUAUUGAAGAAAAAAUGUACCCACCUAUAGCUGAUUGGCGGAAAAUGAUAGAGAUCGCGGAGUCAUUGGAUGAACAUACUUUAAAUAUUUUUACAGCUAAAUGUUUGGAUUACGCUCCGAACACGUAUAUUUUUUCGAAGAACCUAGCGGAAAGUGUAGUACAAGAUUAUUCUUUCUCUUUUCCUUGCGCGAUUGUAAGACCUUCCUUAGUGACGCCAUCAAUAGAAGAACCAAUGCCAGGAUGGGUAGAUAAUCUUUACGGUCCAAUAGGACUUACUAUUGGUGCCGUAAAAGGAAUAAUACGAGUAAUCUAUGGUAAUAAAGAUGUUAUUGAAGAUGCAGUACCAGUGGACAUUGUCAUCAAAGCUAUAUUAGUCGUAUCUUGGAAGAUUGGAGUUACCACGUAUGACCAUCAAUUAAUAUGUGUAAUACACGUAUGCGUUUGUAACAAUAUUAAUUUGUAAACGCAACAGUUUUCUUUCUUUAUUUGGAACUAUCUAUGUUUGCAACAUGAUACGGAUGUUAUCUCUUUAAUCUAUUUCGUUAAAUUAAAAGCGGAAUAAAUAGUUGCGAGUUUGACCUUUUAGAGGCAGAUGGGUUCAGCUUUUAUGCAAUUAUUCGCACUACAUUAUUUUUUAAGAUAUACUAUGUAACCUUUACUCAAUACUCGAAUUAAUUUUUAUUUCUAUUUAGAUUCUUACCAUUCGUAUGUCCAUUGUGUUUUUUUGCUUUUCCUCAAAAUGAUUGCGUCUUAAAUACCUAUUGUUUUUAUUAAAUAUAGGACGCUAGGUAAAAUAGGCCAAUUUCUGCAAAGUGUAACGUAAGUUAUACAUGUAAUCUUAUUUUUUUGGGUCGCUGAAUACGACGGUAGCAUUUUUAUCCAUCUAAACCCGUGAGAAAGUAGUCAAAAUUUGCUUUAAAUAUAAGAUUACACGUUACACU